CGGUAAAAAUCAACGGCAGUUUGUUUACAUUAUCACAAAACCAGUUAAAUUCAUAAAAACUCAAUUUUAAACUAUUUUUUAACAAUUCUAAGCAUUUUUAAAAUGAAAGCAGUGAAGCUAGAAAAAAAUUGUGAAUUUGCGGAAUAUUUUAAUAAUAAAUUAUACUCUGACUGCGUUGUAAUCUCAUCCUGCGACAAAAAAUUCCGUACACACAAAAUAAUACUGUCCAAAAAUGAGUUCUUUCGAAAGAAACUUGCUUCAGAUAACUUAAAAGUCAGUGCCUUAAAUUUACCAGAAACCGCUGAUAUUUUGGAAGACUUGCUCUACUAUUUAUAUACUGGAAGUAUCAAAGGAUCAUGCAAUAACAUUAAAGACUUACUACUUGCUGCAAAAAAAUACUCAUUUACUGAUCUCGAAGCAACUAUGGCCAGAAAUUUAAUGAAUUCAUUAUGUGCUAAUAAUGCUGUCCAAUAUCUCCUUUUUGCACAUAAACAGGAACUAAAAGACUCAGUAAAUGAGAUAACUGACUUCAUAGCUAAUGAUCUAAAAGGUGUUAUGCAAACUGCUGACUGGAAGUUACUGGAUCCUGAAGAACAUGCUAGACUGAAGGACAAAAUAAUUGAAACCUAUAUAAGGUUUAAUGAAGCCAACAUCGUAGAGUCGUCAAUGUGUGAGCAGCUAAUGCUGUAAAUCUAAAGAACUGGCUUGAGUAGAAGUAAGCGAUAACUUAAAUAAUUUUAAAUCUUUAUUGGCACAAUUAUAAGUAAAGCUGGAUUUAUUUAACAGCUUUAAUACAUCAAAAAUAAAUUAAAUUAAUCUAGAAAUAAAUAUUUAAAACUUCCUGUAUAAAGCCACAAACAUUCUAUUCCAAUUCCUUGUUUUAAAGCUUCUUAACAAAAGUUUUAAUUUCAACAUUCGGUUCUUGCGGUUGGAACAAACAUUCGCCAAGAAUUUCAUUAUAUUCAUCAUACCUAACUGUGGAUAUACAUUCCAUUCCACAUCUUUCAGCUAUUUUUAUCGUAAAGACACUUGUGCAAUCGACAGACAUUAGUUUGUAAUUUAAAUCUCUUCCAUUCUCAAAGCAAUACUCAAAAAGCUUUUGUCCGAUUCCAUUACCGCGAUACUUUUGAUGGGAUGUCAAUAUGUGGCAAUGCAAAGCUCUGUCGAGAUUAAAUUUUCCAAGAACGUCAGCUUUUUGCUCAAUAAAGGCAAGGAAUUUGAGGAUGUCGCUCCACUUUUUGCUAGAUUUUUUUGCAUCCUCUAGCAUUGUUUCUGCAUCGCCUGCCUGAAUCGGUCCAGCAAUUAGAAUUCCUACAAUUUCAUUAUUAUCACUGUUGAAUGCCAUUAGGAUUGUGUCAUGCUCAAUAUGAGACAUUGAGAAAAUCUCAUCAUCAAUUGUAUGACCUGGUUCUGGAUGGGAAAUUGUUAUUGGCUCUUCUUUAUAGUAAUGCUCGCGAAUGAAGCUUAAUACUGCAUCAUGGUCAGCACUUUUAGCUACACGAAUUGUUAUGUUGAUUGACAUUAUUUCACUGGAUCUUUUGCAAUUAAUGCGACGUAACUCUAUGGAGUUUACUUUGUGACUGCUUAAUUUUCAAAGUUGGAUUAGGUUCGUGUCACAAAAAUUGGAUUUACUAUGAGAACUAGACAGCUGACUAAGAAUUAAGUUUUUUUGUUUUUAUUUACACAGCAAGUAACGUGCUUAGUGUUAAAUUAGAAAUCAAUUUCUACACGGCCGUUACAGA